AUCCCACCGUUCCGAAGCCUGCAGGUGUUCCCCGGACGCAAAAUCGUAACUACUAUCUCUCCAGACAGCUUGACUCUAUUGGUCAAGAAACAACCCAAAUCACCGAAAUAAAUUUUAUUAAACACUCCAUAAAUCUAUUAAAUUCCACUUCUACGUCCUUAAUUAUCAAUCUCUUCUCCCUCUCGCGCCCUCGUCACGUUCGUGGGUCUUCAGAGCAUUGUCUUCUGUACGAAUAGUAGGACUCAGGAUUUAUAUUUUUGAUUUUAUCAAAUUAGAAAUAACACGUUUUUGAUGAAUUCGAGAUUUUAGGGUUUGUUGUUUCGUCCCAAAUUUUUCAUCACAGUUUCUUGUUGUAAACAGAACUCCUUCAAAUUUUAUUUCAUUUAAGUUUUCGAAUGGAAAGGAGAUCAGCAGUAGGAUUCUCUCUAGGGUUUCCAGUGCUGUUUUUGUUGGUAGAGGUUUCUUUGAUGUCGCCGGCGACGGCGAGGUUUGUGGUGGAAAAGAACAGCUUAACUGUGACAUCUCCAGACAGCAUAAAAGGUACUCACGAUAGUGCCAUCGGUAACUUUGGAAUCCCUCAGUAUGGAGGAAGUAUGGCCGGGACGGUUGUAUAUCCGAAGGAGAACAUGAAGGCUUGCAAGGAUUUUAACGAAUUUGGUACAUCUUUCAAGGCGAAGCCCGGAGCGCUCCCUACAUUUGUAUUGGUCGAUAGAGGAGAUUGCUUUUUUGCUUUGAAAGUUUGGAAUGCCCAGAACGCUGGGGCUUCUGCAGUGCUUGUUGCAGAUAACGUUGAGGAACCAUUGAUAACCAUGGAUUCACCACAAGAGGAUGGCGGAUCUACAAAGUAUAUUGAAAAUAUUACCAUUCCAUCUGCACUUAUUGACAAAAAUUUUGGCGAAAAGUUGAAGAAGGCACUCAGUGCUGGGGAUAUGGUCAAUGUUAAUCUUGAUUGGAGAGAAGCUGUUCCACACCCAGAUGAUCGGGUGGAGUAUGAGUUGUGGACCAAUAGCAAUGAUGAAUGUGGGGUUAAGUGUGAUAUGCUGAUGGAGUUUGUGAAGAAUUUCAGGGGUGCGGCACAAAUACUUGAACGAGGUGGUUAUACCCAAUUCAGACCCCAUUAUAUAACUUGGUAUUGUCCUCAGGCCUUCACAUUAAGCAAACAGUGCAAAUCCCAAUGCAUUAACCAUGGGAGAUAUUGUGCACCUGAUCCUGAACAGGAUUUUAGCCAGGGUUAUGAAGGGAAGGAUGUAGUUAUUGAAAAUUUAAGACAACUAUGUGUAUUUAGAGUAGCAAAUGAAUCUAAAAAGCCUUGGAUCUGGUGGGAUUAUGUAACUGAUUUUCAAAUAAGAUGUCCCAUGAAGCAGAAAAAAUACAAUAAGGAGUGUGCUGAUGGUGUCCUUAAAUCUCUAGGACUUGAUGUCAAACAAAUUGAGAAGUGUAUGGGAGACCCAAAUACUGACUCUGAAAAUCCUGUUUUGGAAGAAGAACAAGAUGCCCAAGUUGGAAAAGGAUCAAGAGGUGAUGUGACUAUACUGCCUACCCUUGUUGUCAAUAAUAGACAAUACCGAGGAAAACUAGAGAAAGGUGCUGUCUUGAAGGCCAUUUGUGCUGGUUUUGAGGAAACUACUGAGCCAGCUGUUUGUUUGAAUGGAGAUAUAGAGACAAAUGAAUGUUUGGAUAAUAAUGGUGGUUGCUGGCAAGAUAAAUUGGCCAACAUCACUGCCUGCAAGGAUACAUUCCGUGGAAGAGUUUGUGAGUGUCCCAUGGUCAAUGGUGUACAAUUUAAAGGAGAUGGUUACAGCACCUGUGAAGCAAGUGGACCUGGACGAUGUAAGAUAAAUAAUGGUGGUUGUUGGCAUGAAACUCGAGAUGGAAAGACCUUCUCUGCUUGUGUGGAUGUUGAGAACAGUAAGUGCCAGUGUCCUCCAGGAUUUAUAGGUGAUGGUGUUAAGAGCUGUGAAGAUAUUGAUGAGUGCAAAGAAAAGAAAGCUUGCCAGUGCCCUGAAUGCAGCUGCAACAAUAUAUGGGGUAGCUAUGAAUGCACUUGCAGUGGAGAGCUCUUGUACAUUAGGGACCAUGACACCUGCAUAAGUAAGAGAGCUAGUGAAACAAAAACUGCAUGGACUGCUGUUUGGGUUAUUUUUAUAGGAUUGGCCAUGGCUGCCGGUGGAGCAUAUCUUGUUUACAAAUAUAGACUAAGAUCGUACAUGGACUCGGAAAUCAGGGCUAUAAUGGCACAGUACAUGCCACUAGACAGUCAAACAGAUGUCCCAAAUCAUGCAAGUGAGGAUCGGGCCUGAAAAGGGGGCCUCCCUUGUUUUUGAGUCCUGGAUGAUGCAGACAUAUGGUGUUCUCUCUUUAUUCCAUCAAGAAUGCAAGAAUGCUUCUCUUCACGUGGAGUGGCCUCAAGUUCUAUGAAUCGGUGGAUUAUGAAAGUAAGACAAGAGAUGAAGAGAUGGUCCUUAGAUUUAAGAGAAACUUACUAAAAUUGGGUGCGAAUUCUUUUGGGUGGUGGAUGGGUGAAUGGAUUGUAUGUAAUUAAUGGAGUCCCUGUCCCUAUUAAGAUAGAUCGGGUAUCCUCCAAUUCAAAGAGAAAUUAUGUAAUUCACGUCUAAAUUUUCUGGGGCUGAACCUGUCUCAUGUUAACUAAAUCUUCCGCAUUUGUCCUUAAGAUUUAAGAGGCCUUGCCCGUUUCAAUGGCAGUUGGAUCAAUUUGUGGGUAGUUAUAUCAUUAUGUAUUCACUUGUGCUUAAAAAUUCCUGCUUGUAACGAGUCAAAGGGGUUAUAAACUUAGAAUGAUUUUGUUCUUAGAAUUUUCA